UAACAAACCAAAUGAAUUUAUUUGCAUUAAUAAUUGAAGAAAAAUAUUGCUGUAAUGGCUCUACCGGACCUCGAUGUUCGGUCCGUACUGGAUGUUGUUGAGGAAAAUUUUCAAAAGGUUGGCUUGAAAGCGUAUGCCAUUCGUAUGAUCUAUGCUGGGGAGCACAUGUUGGCCAAAGACGAUUUUAUCAAUCAGGUUCGACGGACUAUUUCGGAUGUGAACUCUAGCUAUUGCGAGAUAAAUGUGACCGGUCUACUGCUCGUGUAUGAUAGCUACUUCGUACACAUUAUUGAGGGUUCCGAGGACACAGUCCACAGGCAGUUGCGGUUCCUAUUCCAAAAGGAGCCGGAGUGGAUAGAGCACAUGAAUCGUCUUGACAAGGAGGCGGCCAUCGCGUAUGCCAAGGCGGUGGAGGAGGCUUUGGCCGAGGGCGAGCCCUGUGAGAUGGAGGAGCCGCAGCCUCAGCCGGACAGGAAGAUGUUCAAACGCCUCAAGAUGCUGAUGGUUUACCAUUCCAUAACCACUCUGUGGUUUGACGAUUGGCGAGCGGUCACGGCAAGGCCCCCGUCGCUCGUUGGCAGGCUGGACGUCUACGGACCCUUGGCAGAACACAUGGAGCAGUUGCGGAUCUGCAUCAACAAACUCAACAAGCUUUGUGAGCUGGCGAGGUCUGAAGAGCACCUCUCAUUCGAAGGGCUAAGCGCAGUAGACCCUAAGAUGGAAGGGCUCCCAGAAGUGGCCCUACUGGACUUCCUGAUGCAGUCCCCUCACAUCCUUGACCUCCGCCACGUCGUACACUUACACCGGCGGGUCGACGACUACGUCUUCUAUUUCGAAAUGGUCUGGCCACUACCGACCCACUUUACACCCCGGCUGCUAUACAAGCUGAAAGUGGACGACUCCUUCGUCGAGCCCCUGCCGGUCAUGCCGUGGGAGCUGGUCAAGGUGGAGAAGGAAGGCGAAGAGGAAGAAAGGGAUGACCAGCAAAGUGCUAGCGAUUCCAGCGAUUGAUAGAGACGAUCGACGCCUAUCUUACUUAAAUCGUGUUAUAAAAUGUUCUUAAAGUAGGCUAAGUAGUUAUACAUCGCAAAACCAUUUCUUUUAAUCAGAAAUGCACAGUUUGUUUAAAUUUCCUUAAUGUAAUCCACAACGGGAUAUCUAGUCAUUUUUACCGCGCAUUUUAUAUUCUGUUUUAAGAUUAGGUAAUUUGGU